CAGAUAUCAACCUAAUUUUCAUCCGUCUCCAAAUCUCGGCUAUUUUCUACGUGAUACGUUAUUGCGAGAAACAAAAUAACAUGGAUCUCAGCAGAUCCCAACUAGAACUAAAAACAGAUCUCGUUAGGUAUGAUGCCAAGCCGAAUUUUGAGUUGUUUGGAACAUUGCUAGCCGGAUUUGUUGGGGUAAAAUCGAUCAAUUGCUGGAAGGAAGAUCCGUGCCCCUAGUCAGUGAGUAGCCCACUAGCUUCGUCGCGAAACGAAACGAUGACAUAACCGCCCGCCCGCCUCUUGUCCGGGGCGGGGCGCAGCCCGGUCGGAUUUGGAAGGUUUAUGUUUGAUGUCUCGGGCCCAACGGCUUUGCGCUCGCCAAGAUUGUACUGUAAGCACCAAGCGGCACAAGACCAGCAGAGGCUUUCUACCUACGGCAGAUUCCAUCAGCGCGCGCCAUAUCCUAGUGCGCAAUCUCCAGUUUCUUUUUUCAACAAAUCCGUCUCAGCUGGAAACUGGCUGUAUUAUUGUACGAAAACCAUAUCCAUCAUCUAAUUGUUUGGUUUUGCACAUCAAGUCAGUCGCCAUCAUCUCGAGCCACCCACCUCUCCGCGCCGGCCAAAACCCCCCGCUACUACUCAUUCCGACGCGCAAAGACCCCAAGUCCAAGGCCCGGCUUAUUCGGCAGUGCUGCCUCAACCUGAAGAGCCAGGAAAGAGACACUAACCAUUCCGACGGUCUCUCAGCUUACCCGGGUCAGCCUGACGCACGUUUGAAGUUUUUACAAACACAACCGCGACUGUCACUGCCUGUUCUUUUCGACUUUCCCCGACGACAACCGCGGCCCCCCGCAACAUCCAAACUCCCUCACAGGCAAGGCCCUGUUGCGUCUGAUCUCUAAUUUGGCCCAACCAACUUUGUCUGGCGGCUUCUAUUUUGGGCCACGCACAUGUCCUUAUGAUACCUCGGUGCCGCAUUGGCUUCCACGCAGCAGCAGUAACGCAUCGUUCCCUAGUCGCGACUCCGAAGCCGACGUCUUCCUGCCUGCCCUCGGUCAUAUUACGCGGUCAUACUUCUACUCCAACAUCGCCCAAUCAACCGAGGCCUCAACACUAUUUCCGCGCUCACCUUAGUACCCUCGGCACCAGCAAGCAUACCUCCGUCCUUGGUGUUACCAACAAAGUUGAACUUGAGCGCAUAGCUUCAAAAGAAGAUCCUGAGCCACAUAGAUCAAGCAGUUCAGGCCUUGUCCUCGCAGCAUUACUAUUAGGAAUAACAGCUCUUCUGUACAACAACCUGGGCAGCAGUGGCCAACAAACACAUUCGGAAACUGACGAAAUCCUAUUCACAAUCGACAAUAUGCCUGAAAUACCACCCGGACGGCCCGGAAACCUCACCCCCGAACAGGACGAGCUUCUACGGAAACUUUGGUCCCGUCUCUUUGAAGUAUGCGGUGUUAUACAACCGGAGGCUCCGGCCCGAGCCCCAGAGACGGCAGACGCCGAUGCGGACAGCACCAAGAAGAAGACCAGAACGGGAUUUUUCUCCAGGAGGAAAACCGACGCAUCGACGACUAACGGCCCCACCCAAGAGGGCGAUCCCGAAGACAAGUACGGCCAAAACAAGAUCUUUCAAGACACCCUCGCCAACAUGCCUCCCGAUGAGAUCCGCAAAACGAUAUGGAGCAUGGUCAAGUUCGACCACCCCGAUGCGCUCGUAUUGCGCUUCCUCCGCGCGCGCAAGUGGGACGUUGAAAAGGCGCUCGUCAUGCUUGUAUCAUCCAUGUACUGGCGCUGCAAAGAGGUCAAGGUAGACUCCAACAUCAUGAGCCGGGGCGAGGGUGGCAUGUCCCAGGAUGAGAAGGAGGCUCCUGAAGGGUCCGACGAGCAAAAGAUGGGCAAGGGCUUCAUGGCGCAGCUGCGCAUGGGCAAGAGUCUUGCGCACGGCGAAGACAAACUCGGCAGGCCCGUCGUAUAUGUCAAGGUCCGCCUGCACAAGGCGGCCGACCAGACCCCCGAGAGUAUCGAGAGGUACACCAUAUUCCUCAUCGAGACGACUAGGGCGCUGAUCAAGCCUCCCAUUGAUACUGCGACACUCGUCUUUGAUAUGACGGACUUUUCAAUGGCGAAUAUGGAUUACUCCCCUGUCAAAUUCAUGAUUAAGUGCUUCGAGGCAAACUAUCCCGAAUCGCUGGGUGCUGUAGUGGUCCACAAGGCACCCUGGGUCUUCCAAGGAAUUUGGAGGAUCAUCCGCGGCUGGCUCGACCCCGUAGUGGCGGCCAAGGUGAACUUUACCAAUGACAUCACCGCUUUGCAGGAGUACGUAUCGAUAGACAAGAUACCCGUGGAGUUGGAGGGCAAGGAGCAAUGGGAAUACAAGUACACGGAACCGAUUCCCGGCGAGAAUGACCGCAUGAAGGACACGGCAACCCGCGACCGGUUAUUGGCCGAGCGCGCCAAGCUCUACACUGCCUUUGAGGAAGCCACGUUAAAGAUGCUGCGCAACCCGACGGACCAGGCGGUCCGCAAGGAGCGUUCCGAAAUCGCCAGCACCCUGCGGUCGCAGCACUGGCAACUGGACCCCUACAUCCGCGCCCGGUCAUGGUACGACAGGACAGGCGUCCUCAGAGAGGACGGCACGAUCAAUUACUACCCGCCCAAGGACUUCAAGUACGUUGUUAACGGGGGUGGGCAGCAGAAGCAGGAGGACAACGGGAUCAAGAAGGUUGAUUCGGCGCACGAGAAGGCAUCCAUCCAGGACAGUGCGCCGCCGGCCGUGUCGCUCAACGGUACCGCUUAGGUCCAAGUUUUGCUGAUGUCAGGCUUAUGAUGACGAGUUGCGAUGUGGAAAUGCCAAAACUGUCAGAUCACGGCUGUGUUUCCUCUGGUUUUCUUACUUUUGUUCUCCUUUUUCCAUAUAUGUGUAGACUGUACGGUGUUCAACCAAACUACUUGAUAUUUUUUUCCAUAGGGCGUAUUCGUCCCCCCCCCUUCACGGCGUUCGCAUCGGGUAUAUUAGCAAAGCUGAGGCCAUAUUUGUGCUUUUUCUUCGUUCGAUCAGGACUGUGGAUGAAGCUUUUAUUUUGGAAUCCCAGGUCAAAUUGUUUGUCGACG